GACAGUGCCAAGUGAAAAGCCAAGGGACCACAGAGAUAGGGAGGAAGAAGUAGUCUGGGAGAGGGACAGAAAACAAGAGAAAAGGCGAGUUUGAGCCAGAGACAGGGAGGGGCGAGGCACUCAGAGACCACUAAGGAGGCAGGAGCCUGGGGAAGAACUAACAAGUAACUGACUGGAGGGGGGAGAAAAGGAGCUAGAAGCAGAGCCCAAGGAUGGCAGCGCCAGACCGAACAGGGUCAGCCUCCAUCCCGGAAUUGAUUAGGAAGAAGCGAGAUGGGGGUCGCCUGGAGGAGGUGGAGAUUCGGAGCUUUGUUCAAGGGGUGACGGAGGGGACAGUGCAGGAGGCGCAAAUAGGCGCCAUGCUGAUGGCCAUCCGACUGCAAGGCAUGGACCUGGGUGAGACAGAGAUUCUGACCCGGGCACUGGCUGAGUCUGGACAGCAGCUUCAGUGGCCCGAGGCCUGGCGGCGGCUGAUGGUGGACAAGCAUUCGACAGGGGGUGUGGGGGACAAAGUCAGCCUGAUCUUGGCACCUGCUCUGGCUGCCUGCGGCUGCAAGGUGCCAAUGAUCAGCGGGCGGGGCCUUGGGCACACUGGAGGCACACUGGACAAGCUGGAAGCUAUCCCAGGCUUCUCAGUGGUACAAAGUCCGGAGCAGAUGCGGGAGCUGCUGGAGCAGGCAGGCUGCUGCAUUGUGGGGCAGAGUCAGGAGCUGGUCCCUGCAGACGGAAUCCUUUAUGCCAUUCGGGACGUGACUGCCACAGUGGACAGCCUCCCCCUGAUCACAGCCUCCAUCCUCAGUAAGAAGGCUGUGGAGCAGCUCUCAACCCUGGUGGUGGACGUGAAAUUUGGGGAAGCAGCCAUCUUCCCCAGCCAAGAAAGAGCCCGAGAGCUGGCCCAGGCCCUGGUGGGAGUGGGGGCCCGCCUCGGGCUCCGAGUAGCAGCUGCACUGACCACCAUGGACAGCCCUCUGGGAUGCUGUGUGGGCCACGGGCUUGAAGUGGAGGAGGCCUUACGGUGCCUGGAGGGAGGAGGCCCCCCAGACUUACGGGACCUCAUCGCCCAGCUAGGAGGAUCUCUGCUGUGGUUGAAUGGACAGGCCCCAACCUUGGCCCAGGGGGCAGCCCAGAUCGGGGCCACUCUGGACAAUGGCUCUGCCUUGGGCCAGUUCCAGGCCAUGCUGGAGGCCCAGGGGGUGGCCUCUGACCUGGCCCGAGCCCUGUGCUCAGGAUCUCCUGCCCAGCGCCAAGGCCUGCUCCCCACAGCCCCCACCAAGGAGGAGCUGAAAACAGCUUCAGAGGGCACCGUGGAGAAGAUCCGGGCACUACCCCUGGCCCAAGUUCUCCAUGAGCUGGGGGCUGGCCGGAAGCGAGCAGGAGACCCCCUUCACUUUGAUGUGGGGCUGGAGCUGCUGGUGAGCGUAGGACAAAGAGUCAGUGCAGGGACACCCUGGAUUCGAGUGUACCACAGGGGCCCAGGCCUGAGUCCGAGCCACCGCCAGAGACUGCAGGAGGCCUUGAGGCUGUCCGGCAGGGAGCCCUUCGUGCCAGAUCCCUGCCUGCGGGAGCUCAUCCUGCCCCCCUCCAUGAAGGGCUGAGCGGGGUCAGCCCCGGGAGCACGCGGACCCCGGCAGAGCCCCGACUGCAGGCGCCCGAAGCGCCUCCUCUGCAGGCACGGCCGGCCAAACCACCGCCCGUCUUGUGCCCAGUCCGGCUCCCACUCCUUCCUGGCGGACGUCCCACCCAAACGGGCCCCCUGGCUCUGCCCUUCGCCCAGGCAGCGGCCCUGCCCGGACGUCCUUCCCCCUGGAACCCCGAGAGCCUUCCACACGCUGCGGCGGCGACUGCAGCCGGGACCCCCUUGGUUGGGGGUGGGGGAUGUCUCCUCCCCGGGAAUAAACUGCUCGUUUCCGCACCGA